AUGGGAUUUUUCGUAAUGCAUGCAAUGAAACUCUUGUGCUUCCUCAUCUUCUUCUUCUUCUUGUGCAAACCUUCCUCAUCUUCUUCUGUUACUCCAAGUGUCCAACCGUGCCCUCGUGAUCAGAGCCUUUCUUUGCUUCAAUUCAAGAAUAUGUUGUCUAUUUCUAAUUCUACGACUCCUGAAUGUGAGGGAAGGCGCAUUAGGCCAUCUCCAAGCACAGAGAAUUGGAAGGAGGGGGUGGAUUGCUGCUCUUGGAGUGGUGUCACGUGUGAUUAUGAGACAGGCAACGUCAAUGGCCUUUUUCUCAGUUGCAGUUUCCUUCAAGGUACCCUUCAUUCCAAUUAUAAUGCAUCCCUCCUUUCUCACCUUCAACGGCUUGACUUGUCUGGAAACUCCCUCAAUGGAACAAUACCUCCUUGGAUUUUCGGUUUUCCAUCUUUGGAGAUUUUAAAUCUCGAAAACAACUUAUUCACAGGUAAUAUUGGCAAAAUCUCAUCGUUUUCAUUGAAAACCAUUGGUUUGAGUGAUAAUAAGCUAUAUGGACCUGUUCCAAAAUCUAUCUUCCAACUUGAGAAUCUGAAUAACUUGCUGCUUGAUUCAAAUAAUCUAAGUGGAGUCGUGGACACAGACAUGUUUUCAAAGCUCAAAAAUCUGCAAGUCCUUGACCUUUCUGUUAACAGAUUUUUAUCGUUGAGCACCAUCAACAACGUCAACUUUACACUUCCCAACCUUACCGACGUGUCUCUUUCUUCAUGCAGCAUAAAAGAAUUCCCUCCUCUUUUAAAGGGUUCCAAAAAGAUUCAUAGUCUAGAUCUUUCCAAUAAUCAAAUUUAUGGCCCAAUACCCCAAUGGUUUUAUGAAAUGGGCAAUGAUUCAUUAUUAUUUUUGAGCCUUUCAAGAAACUCUUUUACGAAAAUUGAGAAAAUUCCUUGGAAGAACACACUACAACUAGAUCUUCAAGAUAACUUGCUUGAGGGGGAACUUCCUAUUCCACCUAACAGUACACAAUUCUUGUCUGCCUCCAAAAACAAUCUUACUGGACAGGUUUCAUUAUCAAUUUGUCGUCUAAAAGACCUCAAAAUUCUCGACUUGUCUCAUAACAACCUAGCUGGAAAGAUUCCACCUUGUCUAGGAAAUAUAAGCCUAUCUGUACUGGAUCUGAGAAUGAAUAGAUUUCAAGGCACAAUACCUUCAGAUUUGGGAACAAGCUGCACAAUACCUGCAGAUUUCGAAUCCGGCUUUAGAAGCCUCAACUUGAAUGGAAAUCAGUUGGAAGGAUCAUUGCCUACGUCUUUGCUCAACUGUUCUGGGUUGGAAGUCUUUGAUGUUGGCAAUAACAGGUUACAUGGCAUAUUUCCUCAUUGGGUGGAAACUCUUCCAGAUUUAAAGGUUUUUGUUUUGCGUUCAAAUAGUUUCCAUGGUCCUGUUAGAGGUUCCUUCAAGACUAACAAUAUUUUCCCCCAGUUGAAAAUUUUCGACAUCUCCAGGAACAAUUUCAGUGGUCCAUUCCCAACUGGUUAUAUUCAACAUUUUAAGGCCAUGAUGAAUAUGGAUGAAUCAGAAGGUGGCAGGCAAUACAUUGGAGAUCAGGCGGGCUUCUCUUAUAAUGACUCUCUGGUGUUGGCAAUCAAAGGAAAAGAUAUUGAACUGGUGAGAGUCUUAACUAUAUUGACAACCAUUGAUUUAUCAGAUAAUAAGUUCCAAGGGGAGAUACCGAAGGCAAUCGGGGAGCUCAAAUCUCUAAAGAGCUUGAAUUUAUCUCAUAACAACUUGACAGGUCAAAUCCCAGCAUCUAUAGGUCUACUGGAAAAUCUUGAAGGAUUGGAUCUUUCUUCAAACAAUCUUAGUGGAGAGAUUCCGAGAGAAUUGGCGAGUUUAACAUUCCUCUCCUUCUUAAACCUUUCAUGGAAUAGGCUUAUUGGAGAAAUACCACAGGGCAAACAAUUUAAUACAUUUGAAAAUGAUUGGUUCCAAGGUAACUUGGGAUUAUGUGGAUUUCCGUUGACAAGAAAAUGCGCUGAUGAUGAUGAUGAUGAGGGAUCACAACCACCUUCAUUAACGGGUUUCCAAGAAGAAGAUGAAAUGAAGCAUGAAAGUGUAUUUAAUUGGGUUGCAAUAUCGUCAGGUUAUGCAUGUGGGGUUGUGUAUGGUGUGGUCAUGGGAUACUUUCUUUUGUAUAGAAGAAGACAGAGAUGGCUUCUGUGCUUGUAUCGUUGA